GUCGACCGACUAUCAGCUUCAUCCGAGGCCCUUGUUGAAGAAGAAAAAGAGGAAGAAGACAGAUCGCCUGCUGACUGCAUCGGAGCGAGAUGAAGAACUUCAGCGCACAAGAGGCGUACUGGAUGCUGCCGCCGAUGUUGGGCAUCAAGAGGAGGCCAGCGUUCAGCCUCGGCCUCCACGAUUACGUGCACAGACCCCACGGGCUGUUCGACUGCUUCGAGAUCUACAUCCUCUUCCAAGGCGCCGGCGCGAGCUGCUACGUGAUCAGCUGCAUCUCGAUCGCGCAGGAGAUCCAAAAGAUGUCUUCCCUCUGUAUCGUCGGAUUGAGUACGGGAGGCCUGCACGCUCUGCACUUCACGUACGCCUUCUACAAGAUGUACAUCGAGCCUAGCGGCUACGGCUGGUUCUGAGAACUUCGCUCCCUCAGCCGGAAAGCCGAAGGUCGAGAAA